UUUAGCUGAGCCAGCCACUUCAUUUGCUGGAUAGGACAGUAGCCUAUGCCGUGUGAUCUCCCCUCAUCGUUUGAUAAAUGACAUCCAGCCUCGGACUGGCCGAGGGCCUACACAGCCAGCACCUCCGUGGACAUGUCGUAGGCAGGUUAAGACUUUGGUCGGAUCCCGCGUCCCAUCUUGUGGAUGCUCGCUGGUCCGUUAAGAGACGCAAUGCCGCACGCACUGGACGCAUUUCAUUUUGACACAAAGUAAAUCUUUGGCUGAGUGUGUUUGCAAAGAAACCACACCGCCGCCUUCCUGUUUUCUCUUGGACUGUGGAUCAGAAGAAGGCUUCAAGACGGAGGGGGUGGUGGAGCAUCGAGGGAAAAACAGGGGCAAUAUGAGAGAGCGGGACUUCAUGCCCAAUAUGGAGAGGGGCAAACCUGCUACUUAUACAGGGGACAAAAAGGCUAAGAUGGCUGCGAAGACCAACAAGAAGUGGGUGAGACUAGCCACGGUCUUUGCUUAUGUAUUAUCCGUCUCCUUAGCGGCCAUCAUCCUGGCUAUUUACUACAGCCUCAUCUGGAAGCCGACCAGCGCAUCCUCGUCCGCAUCCGCCGGUAAACCGGGGACGACGGAGGGGGUCACGGCUUCCCCGGCCAACAUCACCGCCGCUAACGUCUCCGAGUGGAACUCUACGCAGUUGCCUGUCAAUCACACUGCGAGGCAGGACUCGACCCCGCACUCCCGGGUUUUUGAGUGGGAUCACGCCGAGGAGAGCGACGAUAUGGCGGAUGGACUUUACGCAUCGCCUCGCGGAGCCACGCAGAGAACGGGAAGUGUGGACAGGGCAACGCGAGUGGAAGAGGAGGAGGAGGUGGCGACGCUCAAAUCAGGAGAUAGAGCGGAACGUGAACCGGAUCAGGUAGCUUCUGAUACGACCACCGUGCCACCGAGCUCCGGGAUGAGAGCUGAGUGACCUGGCCUCCAUCACUCCCUAUAAAAGUGGUCCCACAUGUAGGCCUUGUGUUUACAGACAACCGCUGGUCGGACAGAACACAAAUCAUUCACUUGCAAAUUCACUUAUGGAUUGGAAGCUUCAUUUUGGACCUGAUACUUUGCUGUGACAUAAUAGGGGACCCCGCUCCAUUGAAGAACACCCAACUAUGCUGUUUUUUAAGUUUUGUCUGUUUAGCCCAUUUGUAUGCCUUAAAACCACGUUGGACUGUUUAAAGAGUCCCUACAAAGUGAUGGACAACUUUGGUAGAGAUAUUUUGCUUAAAGAAUCAAAGAGGAGUCGCUUUCGGGUUGGACAUGAUUUCCAUAACUUAUAUUCAUGAACUUAUUGCAUUUUGACAUAUAGGCUGUAUUUACUGUCAUGGAUCAAGCCUGGAUUUCAAGUAGAAGAACUUACAUUAUUGAGUUAUGCUCAGGUAUGUGCAUAUAACUAUGUAAAUGUAUUGUGCUAUUGGUCAUGUAAAUAAUCUAGAAGCAGGCAUACAUCUUUUUUGGCCUUGAUAAACCUAGUGUAAGUAGAAGAUUUUUAUUAAAGUUACUCUAUACGAUAAGUAUAAGUAGAAUAUCCCAAAUAUACAAAUAAAGAAAUUUAGAAAAUUA